GCGUGAAUGAUCUGAUUCGAACAUGGCCUUCUUGUUGAGUUUUCUGGUGAUGGUGCUGAUGCACGCUACGACGUCGUAUGCUGCUUCUGGCCCUCACAUUGCAGAUGUUAACCUACUCUUGCCACCUAAAAUGACCUUCCCUGUGGAGUACAGGCUUCAAGGAAGUGACGGUUGCUUCAAAUGGUCGUGGGAUCAUCAUGAUAUUCUGUCUGUUGUGCCUGAGUAUAAUUCGAGCAGCAAGUGCUCCACUAGUGCAAGACUGCGAUCGAUUGCUCCUUAUAGUGGUCGGAAGGAAACUGCCAUUUAUGCUGCGGAUGUGCAUACAGGAAUUGUGAUUCGCUGCAAAGUGUUUAUUGACAACAUAUCCAGAAUUCAGAUAUUUCACAAUUCUAUUAAGCUUGAUUUAGAGGGGCUUGCUACGUUACGUGUACAGGCCUUUGACGGUGAAGAAAAUGUAUUUUCCUCUUUGGUUGGCUUGCAGUUUAUGUGGAACUUUAAGCCUGAAGCUAAUGGAUUGCCUCAUCACCUUGUUAAUGUUCCCCUAAAGGAUUCUCCCCUUAGUGAUUGUGGAGGACUAUGUGGUGAUUUAGAUAUACAAAUAAAACUUGAAGACACUGGUGUAUUUUCAGAUCUAUUUGUGGUAAAGGGAGUUGAGAUUGGCCAUGAGAUUGUGUCAGUGCAUUUGCUUGAGCCACAUUUCAAGAAUUUAGCUGAUGAGAUUGUUCUCACUGUGGCUGAAGCUAUGUCACUUGAUCCUCCCUCGCCAGUUUUUGUCCUUGUUGGUGCAGUCAUUCCCUACACCCUUAAAGUCAUCCAGGGAAACAUUCCUCAAGUGGUCCCUUUACCCUCACCACAUCACCACUGGUCUGUCUCAAAUGCUUCGAUUGCUCAGGUUGACUCGAAGACGGGGUUAGCAUAUGCGUGGAACUUGGGGAUGACAGCUGUUAUUGUUGAAGAUACAAGAGUUGAUGGCCAUAUACAAGUGUCUUCAUUAAAUGUGGUCCUACCGGCUUCUUUAUGUUUAUAUAUAUCGCCUUUAUCUAGUUCUGGUGAUCCAGUGGAAGGAACAAAAUCAACGCCUCUAAUGACCCGUUGGUAUGUUGUAUCUGGCCAUCAAUAUCUUAUCCAGAUAAAGGUUUUUGCCCAUGAUCAUGAUGCACAAGAGAUUUAUAUUACGGAGAAUGACAAUGUUAAGGUUUACGAUACUGAGUCCAAUUAUUGGAAAACAAUUUGGGUUUCAAAUGAUAUUGCUGUUAAACAUGGCUGGCGGAAUUCUAAAAUCUUGAAAGCUUAUUCACCAGGACUUGGAAAACUGACAGCUUCUCUGAGCUAUCCCAGUGGGGCUGAUGACAAAAAGAAGGUUAUUGAAGUUGUGCAAGAAGUCAUGGUUUGUGAUCAAGUAAAGUUCACUUUGGGAAAUGAAAGCGAAAUCAUCUUACUGCCAUGGUCUCCUGGUGUUUAUCAGGAGGCGGAGUUAAAGGCUUUGGGAGGUUGUGCAAAAGCAGCAAGUGACUACAAAUGGAUGUCUUCAGACACAUCUACUGUAUCUGUGUCAGCUUUUGGAAUUGUCCAGGCAAAAAAGCCUGGUAAAGCUACUAUCAAAGUUUUAUCUGUGUAUGAUUCACUAAAUUAUGAUGAGGUCAUUAUUGAAGUCUCCAGCCCUUCUUCUAUGGUUAUGCUUCACAAUUUUCCAGUAGAAACUGUUGUUGGGUCACAUCUUCAAGCUGCCGUGACAAUGAAAGCAGCAAAUGGUGCCUUUUUCUAUAGAUGUGAUGCCUUUAAUUCUUUGAUAAAGUGGAAAGCUGGAAGCGAGUCUUUUGUAAUUGUCAAUGCAACUGAGGAGUUGUCAUACUUGGAAAGAGUGCCACAAACUCAGCUCCAUUCAUCAGUUGAUGGCUUUCCCUGUUCAUGGACAUAUGUAUAUGCUUCUAAUCCUGGUCAAGCUGUGAUCCAUGCUGCAUUUUCUAAAGAAUAUCAACAAUACAAUCAUGGUCCUGUUGUCUUGAAAGCAUCUUUACGUAUUGCGGCAUAUCUACCCCUUACUGUGCAUCAGGCAGGUGAUGGAAACCAAUUUGGUGGUUACUGGCUUGACUUGGCUCAAGCAGAAAGUAAUAAGAAAUCACAUAACUUAGAGGAGUUAUAUCUUGUCCCUGGCACAAAUAUAGACAUAUUACUUGCUGGUGGACCAGAACGGUGGGACAAAGGUGUUGAUUUCAUUGAAACAAAGGAAGUUUUGGAUGAACGGAAUGCUCCGGCUGAAGAUAGAGUUCUUGUGCAUCGGGUAUCAGGAAGCUAUAGGAGUUUGUAUGGCAUUUUAUGUCAAACACUGGGAACCUUUAAACUUAUUUUCAGACGUGGAAAUUUGGUUGGGGAUGAUCAUCCUCUGCCUUCAGUAGCUGAAGUUUGGCUGUCAGUGAGGUGUAGCAUUCCUUCUUCUAUUGCACUUAUAGCUGAUGAACCAGUGAAUGAACGUGAAAUUAUUAAAGCAGCAGCUCAAGCUGAACGUAGUUCCGGGAGACUUCGUGAUGCUCCUGUUACUGUGGCGAAUGGGCGCACUAUUCGGAUAUCGGCAGCUGGUAUUAGUGAUUCUGGAGAAGCUUUUGCAAACUCAUCUUCCCUUGGUUUGAGUUGGGAACUUAGCAGUUGUGAGGGAUUGGCAUAUUGGGAUUAUGCUCUUGAUAUUGUGAAGUCUAGCAGUUGGGAGAGAUUUCUGGUCUUGCAAAAUGAAUCAGGAUUGUGCAUUGUUCGAGCUACUGUUACUGACUUUCCUGAUAGCUUGGGAGAUGAUACAUAUAAUCAGUUUCCUAAAACUGAAAAUCUUCUGACAGAUGCAAUUCGUAUACAGCUUGUUUCUACCUUAAGAGUUGAUCCAGAGUUCAACUUGAUAUAUUUCAAUCCUAAUGCAAAGGUAAAUUUGUCAAUUACUGGAGGGAGCUGUUUCUUGGAAGCGGUUACAAACGAUUCUCAAGUUGUUGAAGUUAUUCAACCACCAUCGGGAUUAGAAUGCCUACAACUGGUUUUGUCCCCUAAAGGAUUAGGGAUAGCUAAUCUGACUUUAUAUGACAUUGGGCUGACUCCUCCUCAAAGAGCUUCUGCACUUGUUCAAGUUGCAGAUAUAGAUUGGAUCAAGAUCAUUUCAGGAGAAGAGAUUAGCCUAAUGGAAGGAAGUUCGCAAACUAUUGACUUAUUGGCUAGCACUACUGGUGGAGGCAGUUUUCAUGCUUCACAGUUUGUCUUCAUGAAUCUUCAUGUACAUGUUGAGGAUAAUAUAAUUGAGCUGGUGGAUAGUGACCAUUUCUCUAUUCUCGUUGGUGGACUUGUUAAUGCACCAAGUUUUAAAAUAAAGGGGGGACAUCUUGGAAUUACAACCCUUUAUGUCAGUGCCAUACAGCAUUUGGGACAUGUAAUACAAAGUCAAGCUAUUAAGGUGGAAGUUUAUGCAGCCCCUAGAAUACAUCCUCAAGAUAUUUUCUUGCUACCUGGUGCAUCAUAUGUGCUUACCAUGAAAGGAGGCCCAACUCUUGGUGUUCAUGUUGAGUAUGAAAUUGAAAAUGAUAAAAUUGCAAGCAUUGAUCGAUAUUCUGGACGACUCUCAGCAAUUUCUAUUGGGAACACUACCAUUAUUGCUAGCAUCUUUGUACAUGGCAAUACUGUGAUCUGUGAUGCACGGAGUAUUUUAAGGGUGGGAGUUCCAUCUACUGUUGAAUUGCAUGUGCAGAGUGAACAGCUUGGGGUUGGACGCAAAUUGCCAAUUUAUCCAUUAUUUCCUGAGGGAAAUUUAUUUUCUUUCUAUGAGCUGUGUAAAAAUUACCAGUGGACCAUUGAGGAUGAAAAGGUAUUGAGUUUCAAGAUGGCAGAGACCUUGCAUGGGGACAGAAUCCAGUUUACAGCUUCAGAUGAAAGUCAAGUUAAUGAUUAUUUUGAUGAGAAUGAUCUUGGUUUUAUUAACAUCUUGUAUGGAAGAUCUGCAGGCAAGACCAAUGUCGCUGUGUCAUUCUCAUGUGAAUUUUCAACUUUUGGGUCAAAGUCACAGUCAAGGUUUUAUAGUUCAUCUUUAUCAGUUACAGUGGUUCCUGAUCUUCCUCUGGCUUUGGGAGUCCCUAUAACCUGGAUUCUUCCUCCCUACUACACAACAAGAAGCCUUUUGCCUUCAUCUUCAGAAACUUAUUCACAACACGAUAGUUGGCCUCGCAGAGGAACCAUCAGUUAUUCUUUAUUGAGAAAUUUGGAGAAAAAUGAAGCUCUGCAGAAAGAUGCCAUAUUCAUUGAUGGGGAUAGAAUAAAGACAACAGAAAGUAAUAAUCUUGCUUGUAUUCAAGCUAAAGAUCAUACAACUGGAAGAGCAGAGAUUGCUUCAUGUGUCAAGGUUGCUGAGGUGGCUCAAAUUAGAAUUGCCAGUAAGGAGGUUCUGCUCAAUGUAAUCGACCUUGCUGUUGAUUCAGAACUUGAUCUUCCAACAAACUUUUAUGAUUCUCUUGGAAAUCCUUUCUAUGAAGCGAACAAUGCAGUGCCUUUUUUUGCUGAAACUAACUAUCCUGAUGUUCUCUGCAUAAACAAAACAGCUGAUGGAAAAGGAAAUGUGCAUGUCAAGGCAAUUCGGCAUGGUAAAGCUCUCGUGCGUGUAGCAAUUAGUGAAGGUCUGCAAAAGUCAGACUAUGUGCUGAUUCGAGUUGGUGCCCAUAUAUUUCCUCAAAAUCCACUUCUUCACAUAGGAGGAAGUCCACUCAACUUAAGCAUAAAAGGAAUGAAUAAAGCAUUCUAUGUUCAUGUUUCAGGUUUAAGUGAAAAAGUUUCAGGACAGUGGUUUACCACAAAUCAAAGUGUAAUAUCAGUUGACACAUUAUCUGGGAUGGCCAAAGCUAUUGGGGAAGGUUCAGCCCAAGUAUCUUUCCAUUAUGGAAGAUCGAAACUGCAAACAAAAAUUACAGUGUUGAAAGGAGAUAAUAUUUCUGUGGAUGCUCCGAAGGAGAUGUUGACUAAUGUUCCGUACCCCUUAAAAGGAUACAACUUCUCUGUGCAGUUCGGAGAAAGCCUUGGUGCAUCGGGAAGAAACAAGAUAAUUUCAUUCAAUUGUAGAGUAGAUCCACCAUAUAUGGGGUAUGUGAAGCCAUGGUUGGAUCUGGAUUCUGGCAACUCCUAUUGCCUAUUUUUCCCUUACUCCCCGGAGCAUUUGGCGCACUCAGUACCCAAGUUAGAGGGCAUGAGACCAGAUGUAUCGCUCUCCAUUUCUGCUUCUCUUAAAGAACAUGAACAUAUUUCAGGAUCUGCAUCAGCACUUUUUAUUGGAGGAUUUUCUAUAGUGGAAAUGAGCAAGAAUUCGAUGCAGCUGAAUCUGACACCUGGCUCUAACAAAACGUGCAUAACCAUCUUGGGAAAUACUGAUGUUGAAAUUUACUGGCAUCACCGAGAUUUGGUUAUGAUCACUCUCAUACGUAAAGAAGAUUUUGGCAUUCGAGGGUUUGCACGAUAUGAGGUUAAACUGCUAAAAGCCAAGAGAUUCAAAGACAAAAUCAUCAUCACACUCCCAGCUAAUGGUCAGAGAGUGGAAAUAGACAUCAACUAUGAACCUGAGGAACCAGCACCACCCAACGCAACUAUAAUAAGUAAAGCCUUCAUGGGAAGCGUCCUGGGGUGUUUUCUGCUGUUGAUUUUGUCAAUUUUUAUCUUCAUACGUUUCUUGGACAGACCAGACAGAUCCCAGCAAGCAAGUGCUCCAGUUACUACAAAUUGCAAUGCGCCUACAACUCCUGAUAGAAGCAGCAGUCCAACUGUUGUAAAAGACGUGUCUCCUCGAACUCCUCAACCAUUCGUAGACUAUGUAAGAAGAACAAUCGAUGAAACCCCAUAUUACAAGAGAGAAGGGAGAAGAAGGAUUAAUCCACAGAAUACGUUUUAGACUUACCACUACGUUGUAUUCCUACCAUUACUCUCACGUCAGAGGCUGACACGUAGAGGAGCUCACUUGUACUCGCUAAUGUUGUAUAAUUUUCAGACUCACAAUUUUGUUAGCUACAUUUAGUUGUGUAAAUUUAGGAAUAUAUGCCAUCAUUAAGUGGUGAUCACGUUAAAUAGCUGUCUUGUAAGGUUAGUGUCGUAGUUGCAUUAUCUCAUUGUUUCACCAAAUAACCUUUUUUUUUUUCUUUCAAAUAAUGAUAAUAUAAUUUUCCUGCAAAAUGUGAUAGU